AUGGCAGAAUUGACCAACUUGGAACCCAUCUCGGGACAUCAUGUUCGCAGGUCAGCGGACGAGCAAGAAGCAGCGACACCAACUCCCGAGCCUGAGAUCAACUAUCCAACAGGCCUCAGCCUCUGGCUGAUCAUGCUCUCGGUAUCAGCCGUCCUCAUCCUAAGCAGCAUAGAGAUGAACAUCAUAGCAACAGCGAUCCCCAGCAUAACAGACCACUUCCACACGGUAGCCCACAUAGGCUGGUACUCAUCGGCUUUCAGACUAUGUGUCUGCGCAUUCCAAUUCAUCUUCGGCAAAGCAUACACGUUAUUUUCCGUCAAGCGAAUUUUUCUUCUCGCGAACGCGAUAUCUAUCGUUGGAUCGAUAGUAUCUGGUGCCGCGACAAGUUCGACUAUGCUUGUUAUUGGAAGAGCGGUUGCUGGGCUGGGCUCUGCGGGGUUGUUUGCUGGAUGUUUUGUUAUUGUCGUUCAGUCAACACCUUUGAGGCGAAGACCUGUAUUUUUGGGGGUCAUGGGUGCCGUGGAGGGGUUGGCGACUAUUGCUGCGCCUGUGCUUGGUGGUGCGCUGCAGAGGUGGAGUUGGCGAUGGUGUUUUUAUAUCAAUGCACCGACCGGUUUUGUCACUUUCCUACUCACCAUGUUCUGCCUUUCAGAUGUUCAGAAGCCUGCUCACAUUGCUCGGUUGACACUCAAGCAGAAAGUGCUGCAGCUGGAUUUGGUGAGCAAUAUGCUUCUCCUACCAGCGCUCACAAGCCUCUUCCUUGCUUUCUCAUGGGCUGGUACAAAGUACUCAUGGUCAAGCGGAGAGGUGAUUGGCCCUCUGGUCACUUUCGCCAUUUUUCUAAUUGCGUUCGUCAUGAACCAGACGCGUAGAGGCGAGACCGCCGCUCUUCCACCGCGUUUGAUGAAAUAUCGCAGUGUGAUAGCCGGCUUCAUCUUCAUAUUCUGCGUCAACAGCACCGGUGUCGUUCUGGAAUACUAUCUUCCAACUUACUAUCAGCUCGUGCGUGGUUACUCACCCGUGAAGAGCGGAUACAUGAUCCUUCCCAUUAUCAUAGCGGCGACUAUAGGGUCGCUGAUUCAUGGAGCAGGAACAACCGCAUUUGGAUAUUAUACUCCGUUCAUGAUUCUGGCUUCAGUGAUCAUGCCAAUCGCCGCGGGUCUUAUCACCACUUUCGAAAUAGACACAAGCUUCGCGCGACUUAUUUCGUAUACAGGGCUUUCGGGGUUGGCAUACGGUAUAGGCUUUAUUGGCCCUCAGACAGCUGUACAGACAGUCCUGCCCGCCGAGGACGUACCGCUUGGGUUAUCAAUCAUGCUAUUCGCACAAUCCUUUGGUCCUGCAGUAGCUGUUCCGAUAGCCCAAGUCUUGUUCACCAACCAAUUAUCGACCAACUUAGAAAAUCUUGUCCCGAGUUUGAGCCAAGGCAACAUCACCAAUAUUGGACUUACUGAGAUGGUAGCGAGUGUGACGCCUUCAGAGACGGGAGCUGUUCUCGUUGCGAUUAACAAGAGUCUUGGCCAAACGUGCCCUUUGACUGGUGGGAUCUGCCAGGAACCCGUCCUAGCACUCUUAACGUUCCGCUAUAAGGCUAGUGUCGACGCCACAAUAUCAAAGCCAGCAUUCCAUCCAUGCACGAUCGGUGUGAUAAAGCCAGUCCAUUUCCAUUCACCCGGUCUACAAAUUUCUGGACCUUUUGUUACUCGCUAUGUGGACGUCGCGCACAUCAUGGCGAUGUCGAAACUCGCAGCCAUCUGUGCCAUACUGGCUCUUGGCAGAUACGCGACGGCUCAAUCAACACGAGUGAACCUACCAGCAUGCGGGUUGGAGUGUCUCAGCAGAGUUUUAUCGAUAUCAGAAUUUGCCAAACAGUCGAGCGCCCAGCUUUGCGAAAACUUCGAGUUUGUGCAAGCAAUAAACACAUGCGUCGCUACAGAGUGCAAUGAUGAGGAAAGACAAGUGGUCAAAGAUGCUGCCAUUAAGCAAUGCGAUAUUCCCCUACGAGACUCGCGGUCAGCUUUACGCGGAACAACCUUAAUUAUAUUCGUUAUUGCAUUGCUAUGCUUUUGCUUGAGGCUGCUAUCCAAAAUCCUCCAUAGGUCAAACUGGGGCGCUGAUGACACGUUUAUGUCACUUGCGGCUUUUCUUAUUGUGCCGCUCCUUGUCCUGAUGCAACUCAUGAUCUCACAAGGCCUCGGUCUCGACAUACGAAUGCUCGACCGCGAGCAAAUCGUCCUCAUUUUCAAGAUGUUCUUCUUUCAACAAGUAACAUAUUUCAUUACUCUCGGCUUUGUCAAAGGGUCCGUUCUAGCAUUCUAUCUUCGAAUCUUUCCCGAUCACAAAUUCCGACGGGCCGUCUGGAUUACGCAAUUCAUCAACCUCACCACCGCUUUCAUAUACGUCAUCCUCAUUCUAGUCCAGAAGAAUCCUAUAGCGCUGAAUUGGAACGGUGCAUCAAAGUUCAGCGGAAAGAGCAAUGUGUUAGAUGACAAGCUUUUGUAUUUGACGCACGGGUCUAUCAGUCUGGCACUGGAUGUAUGGAUGCUUAUACUGCCUAUCACACAAGUGUACCACUUGGGUCUGAAGUUGAGGAAGAAGAUUGGCGUUAUAGCGAUGUUCAGCUGUGGAGUUCUACUCACAUGCGCGGGCGUUAUACGAUUUUACUAUUUGAUAAGAUCUCAAGUCGCAAGAAGCGCUCAAGUCCCUCAGAAGCUGUUAAAGCCGUACUGUGGGCCUACAUAG